AUGAGAUCUUUUGUUGUAUUACUGGUAUUGUUAAUCCAAAUUGUUCUUGGUGGAUCUCCAACAGGAGGUUACGCCCCAGGAAAAGUUACAUGUCCUAAUGAUAAGGUUACUCGUUCCGCAUUAGAAGGUAUUGGUGCUGAUGAAAAAUCAUACAUUGAUGAAAGAUACAAGAUUGCUAAAUCUGAAAUGACUACUUUCCUUAAGAACGCAAAUAUGUCUGAUUUUGAUGUUGACUCAUUUAUGGAACAAUAUAAUCCUACUAUUGGUAUUGCAUUUAGUGGUGGUGGUUAUAGAGCCAUGUUAUCAGGUGCCGGUGCUAUGAAAGCAUUAGAUUCACGUUCUGACAAACCAUCUGUUCUUGGUGGUAUCUUACAAAGCGCUAAUUAUAUGGUUGGUUUAUCUGGUGGUGCUUGGCUUGUUGGUAGUGUUGCCAGUAAUGACUUUAUAAGCAUUGACAAAAUUUUGGGUCAAGACAAAUUAUGGAAUUUAAAGAAUUCUUUAUUUGCAUAUAAUGGGUUUUUUGGUGUUAUUAGUAAUGCCGUGAUGUGGACUAAAAUAAACAUUCAAGUGAAAUUGAAGUUUCUCUUUGGAUCCACUAUUAGUCUUACUGACAUAUAUGGUCGUGCUUUAAGUUAA